AUGGGGGGCAACCAAACAUGGGUCACAGAAUUCAUCUUGGUGGGAUUCAAGCUCAAGGCACAGUUGGAAGUAUUCCUCUUCUGGAUCUUCUCUCUAUUUUAUGUCUUUGGUCUGCUGGGGAAUGGCAUGAUCUUGGGGCUCAUCCUUCUGGACCCCAAACUGCACACCCCCAUGUACUUCUUCCUCUCACACUUGGCCAUCAUUGAUAUGUCCUAUGCUUCCAACAAUGUCCCCAAGAUGCUGAAAAACCUACUGAACAAGACAAGAACAAUCUCCUUUGUCCCAUGCAUAAUGCAGACAUUUCUGUAUUUGGCUUUUGCUCAAACAGAGUGCCUGAUUUUGGUAGCAAUGUCCUAUGACAGGUAUGUGGCAAUCUGCCACCCUCUCCAGUACACUGCCAUCUUGAGCCAGAGAGUGUGCACUGUCAUGGCUGUCACUUCCUGGGCAUGUGGAUUUAGCCUGGCCCUGGUACAUGCAAUUCUCCUCCUCAGGCUGCCCUUCUGUGGGCCUCAUGAAGUGAACCACGUCUUCUGUGAAAUCCUAUCUGUCCUCCAACUGGCCUGUGCUGACACCUGGAUCAAUGAAGCUGUCAUCCUUGCUGCCUGUGUGUUUGUCUUAGCUGGGCCCCUUUGCUUGAUCCUAGUCUCCUACAUGAGCAUCCUCUGGACCAUCCUGAGGAUGCAGUCAGGGGAGGGCCACAAAAAAGCUUUCUCCACUUGCUCCUCACACCUCUGUGUGGUUGGGCUUUUCUUUGGCACUGCCAUGGUUGUUUAUAUGGUCCUAGACUACAGUCAAAGAGAACAGGAGAAAAUGUUGUCCCUGUUUCACAGCCUCUUCAACCCAUUGCUGAAUCCCCUUAUCUACAGCUUUAGGAAUGCUCAAGUGAAGGAUGCCUUCUACAGAGCGCUGUGGAAGAAAAGGUCCAUGUCAAGUGGCAAGGUGGAUUCUUUACCCUUAAUGAGAUGUGGUUUCAGGAUGAUGUAG